AAAAAAAAAAAAAAAAAAAGGUGAUAAAAAUGGGAAGAUCUCCAAGCAGUAUUAAUGAUGAGGGUGGGUUGAAGAAAGGGCCAUGGACCCCUGAAGAAGAUGAAUUACUUAUCAAUUAUAUCCAAAAACAUGGCCAUGGCAGCUGGAGAGCUCUCCCUAGACUUGCUGGGUUGAAUAGAUGUGGAAAGAGUUGCAGGCUCCGUUGGACUAACUACUUGAGACCUGAUAUUAAGAGAGGAAAGUUCUCUCAAGAAGAAGAGCAAACCAUCCUCAAUCUUCAUGCCGUUCUUGGCAAUAAGUGGUCAGCCAUAGCGACUCAUCUUCCCGGAAGAACAGAUAACGAGAUAAAGAACUUUUGGAACACACAUCUGAAGAAGAAGCUGAUCCAAAUGGGCUUUGACCCGAUGACUCAUCAGCCAAGAACCGAUAUAUUUUCAAGCCUCAUAGCUCUAGCCAAGCUGAUCGAUAAUCCAGCCGGCUGCUGGGAGCUGGAGCAAGCCGUACGGCUCCAAACUGAAGCCGCCCACAUGGCUCGGCUCCAAAACCUCAUCAUCCAAAACAUCUUCCAACCCCAAAGUCAAAUUCCCAUUUUGACCCCCAACAACGUCCAAAAUAUCAGCAUCAACAAUAAUAAUAAUAAUAAUAAACUCUUCACGGCACAAGACGUGGUCGGAGAUUUCGAUCUCUUUAAAGAAGCGUCGAUUCAGGGAACGGCGGCACCGCCGGUCGCCGGAGAUUUAUUUCCGGCGUUCUCGCAUCUGCCGGAUUUACUGAAUGUUCCGAUUUGUAGCGGAGUUAGUGAACAGAGUAUUGGGGGUUGCGAUUUUGGUGGGGGGCCGUGGAUGGGGGGAAAUGUGUCUCAGUCGCCGCCGUCUUCGGCGGCUCCGAUGCCGGAAAUUUCGGCCGGGGAAACGGCGGCGGAGGGUGGUGUGGGUUCCCAGAUGUGGUCCGACUUGCUGGAUGAUCCUAUUUUUCAUGAGAUUGGGCUUUAAUUAAUUAAGUAAUAUUUAUUUUAGGCAAAAUUGCAUAUUAAUACAUCACCUUUCAUGUUUUUGCAAAU